CGACCUUUCCUUCCUGGUGCCUUUUCGGCCGCCGCGCGGCUCCAAGACAGCUGCCCAAAGCGGUCCCCCAAAAAGCCCGCCAGACAGCCCACUACUGGGUCUUAACCUCAAGCUCCUUCACACAACGCUGCUGCGCUGGCACAGUGGCGGGGCUUGUCGCAGGCAGCUGGAUACGCUGUACAUAACGACGAUCAUAUAAUGGAUGUCGCCAUCCUUGGACGCUGCACCACCCUCCAGGCGGUGCACCGCUAACGCUGACGUUGUGCCGCCUACGAUAAUGGUGAACAAAGAACAGUUGCCAGCUUCGGAAAGCAAAAAGCGAUCCCCGGACGGACACCACAACUCUUCAAACGACUGGUCAUGAAUCCCCACGUCCGCGGAGACGUCCUCUGACCAGGGGUCCCUGAGGAAACAUAGCUCACGCACACUGGAGCUGCCAAUGCACGACCUCAGUGCACAGCGUGCUCGGAAUCUUACCGCACCUGUCUCUUCGUCCGAAGCAACAUCCCACCGCUUCGCCUAGCAAAUGACCCGGGCCGAAAACAGUGAAAAACUGUCAGGCGUGGUUUUGUUCACGCCGCGUGGGGGCGGUCUGGGAUGUCAGCUCACGCGCACGCCAGACUCAAGGAUGCCACCAGAGCUCGCGAUGGCACUGGAAAGGUGCCUGCAAAGCGCCGAGACAGCGCCGGCGAACCGCAGCGACUCCUGAGCAGUAGAAGAGAGGAGGAGGGAAAGGAGGAGAGGGCAGAGGAUCCCCACCAGCGAGCGCGCAAGCAAGCGGCGAGAGAAGUUGUCCGGGACGGCGGGAAAACCUAAUUAGCUACUGAGCGCAGCACGAGCCGGCCGGGCCAGCUCACAAACGCGGCAGCUGGGGCAGCGGCUGCGGGAGCUGGUGGGGCUACGCGAAGCGUCUGGAAUAAGAUAUCUCCGUGGGGCACCUUCUGACAGGCCAACUCCUCACCUGGCGUGCCCGUUGUUCGAGGUGUCGGUCGGAGGGGCGCGGGGAAGCACGGCGAGGCGGACGGAGAGAGGUGACUUUGAGGCUAGAGGCCCCCUCCACAGUGGCCCCGCGGCGCACAUCUGACCUGGCGCACCCCAAGCAGUCGGUGCGUCGACUAUGGAUGCUGUGAGGCCACACUCCAGCAGCGGCUGCAGGAGCACUGUGCCAGAACGCCCCCGCGUAAAGCGGGCGCCCAGGGCGUGUCCGUCCGCCGUGGGCGCGCCAGUGACAGGCAUACAUCGUCGUGGUCCU